UUUCUGCCAUCGCAGUGUCCGACAAAAGACUUAAAAUGGCCAUUUCGUCCCACCUUAACUGGUUGAUCGUCCGCAAUACCAAUGCCUUCUUGUUGAGGAAGCGUGAUAUCAAGAAACCAUUCAGCACUGAGCCCAACAACUUGACCAUUGCCAGUUCUUACAGUGGCAUCAUUGCCAUUUCGUACAGUGGUAUCGUGUACAAGAAGACCCUCGGUGUUGUACCAGCCGUCGACAAAAAGGACUUCACCGUCGUCAUGAAGAGCACUUGCAAAGAAACCAUGAAGGCUGGUCCCAGAAGGUCUGAGAAGUUGAGAAAUCUUUUCACCGACAACAUAUACCGCAAGCACUUGCGUCGUGCCCAUAUUUCUUUGGACAAAUCCAUGGCUGUGGAUGAUACACACCCGGGAACCUAG